AUGUCGCAGUUGCAAGCGAGGUUUUUCACACAAAACCCAAGGUAUGUAGUAGAAGAUGUUCCAUUCUCCAUCCCGGCCAGUUCUGAAGUCCUUGACCUCAGCAAUGUCAUCAACAAGCUUCUGGGGGCCAAGAAUGAAUCUCAUACCAGAGUCGACUUCGACUUCCUGGUCAGAGGUCAAUUUCUCCGAACAUCUCUGUUCAGUCACAUGGAAACAGAGAGCAUAUCGACGGAAGAUGUUGUGGAGAUUGAAUACGUAGAGCGGAUCACAGCGCCACAACCUGAGGAGUGUAUGAUGCACGAUGACUGGAUUAGUUCUGUUGAGGCAGAUGCUGAAUGGAUCCUGACAGGAUGUUAUGACAAGUCAGCCAAUAUCUGGUCCUUGGAGGGCAAGGCUAUGACAAAAGUGGCCGGACACACAGACGUGGUCAAAGAUGUCGCCUGGGUGAAGAGGGAUGGCCUGACCUCUCUGCUUCUGACUGCCUCGCUGGACCAAACCGUCAUAUUGUGGGAGUGGAACUCUGAGAAGAACAUUGUGGUGGCGAAGCACUGCUGCCGAGGACACACGGGAAGCGUUGACACGGUAGCCACGGACCCCACUGGUUCAAAGUUCUGCAGUGGCUCCUGGGACAAAAUGUUGAAGAUAUGGUCAGCAGUUCCCUCUGAUGAAGCAGAUGAGGUCGAAGAGCCUGCCGACAGGCCAAGGAAGAAACAGAAGACUCAGCAGCUGGGCCUUACUAGGACACCUAUAAUGACGUUAUCUGGGCACAACGAGGCUUUAUCCUCAGUGCUGUGGUCUGACAGCGAGGAGGUUUGCAGUGCAUCCUGGGAUCACACGAUCCGUUUGUGGGAUGUGGAGACAGGAGAGACGAAGACAACCCUGACUGGGACCAAAGUAUUUAACAGUAUUUCCUACUCGCCUUUGUGUCGUCGCCUGGCUUCUGGAAGCACUGACCGACACAUCAGGCUGUGGGACCCUCGUACCAAGGAUGGUUCACUGGUGUUACUGUCCCUGACCUCCCACACUGGCUGGGUCACCACUGUCAAGUGGGCCCCGUCACAUGAGCACCAGCUGGUUUCCGGAUCGCUCGACAACCUGGUCAAACUGUGGGACACCAGAAGCUGCAAAGCUCCAUUGUAUGACCUAGCAGCCCAUAAAGACAAAGUAUUCUGUGUGGACUGGACAGAAAGCGGGCUAAUGUUGAGUGGAGGAGCUGAUAACAAACUGUACACCUUCAGAUACUCGGCAUGUCCGACAGAUGCGGGAGCAUAG